CUUCCAUUUCCCGUUCCACGCGGCUCUAGGAUCUUCCUUCGCCUUCAGUCUCUCUUUUCAGUUUUCUUGAUAUCGAAGGAAUCGAUUUUUGUUCUUCAAUCCUAUUUUGAUUUCCACUCUCCUGAAUCACCAUUGAUUUCGUAAAUUUUCUUUCAAUAACUUCUCCGUUUUACCGCCAAUGGAAGAAACCGAUUUACACGAUUUGUCCGAUGACGCUGAUUACGCUGCCUCUCAACAACACGUUACUGUGAAUUUGUUGCGGAGCGUUAGCUCUAAGAGGAGCUCAUCGAGUGAGUUAGAUGGUGCUGAAGUUGUAUAUUUGAAGGAUAACGUGACAAUUCACCCAAUACAAUAUGACACAGAAAGAAUAAGUGGACGUUUGAAGUUAAUUUUGCAAGGAUCUUCGUUAUUCUUGACAUGGAUUCCAUACAAAGAGCUGACCCCAAAUCAAAGGUUGAACGAAAUUGAUAGGAAUCUUUACACCAUUCGUGAGGUUCCUUUCACAGAUAUCCGGUCAAUACGUCGACACACUCCUACACUUGGGUGGCAAUAUGUAAUUGUGGUUCUUUCAGCAGGAUUAGCAUAUCCACCUCUCUAUUUCUACAGUGGUGGAGUUAAAGAGUUCCUUGCUACCAUUAAACAACAUGUUUUCCUUGUGAGGUCUGCAGAAGAUGCAAAUGUUUUCGUUGUGAAUGAUCUUCGACAUCCUUUACAGAGGACUAUUUCUAAAUUGGAAUUGCCGGGGCCUGUUUCUAUUGCUAACGGGCUUUCUUCACCUCGCUCAAUUGGUGGGCCAUACUCCAAUGAAAAUCAAGAGACCUUUGAUGGAAUUGCUAGGCAGAGACACAAGAGUCAGGAUCCUGCUCGUGAUAUUUCAAUAAAUGUGUUGGAGAAAUUCUCUAUGGUUACCAAAUUUGCUAGGGAUACCACUACACAUCUGUUCCGAGAAUAUAACGGAGAUGGAAUUGGUGCUAGAGAAAGGAGGAACCAUAGUUCAUCUUUUGAUGAUUUCCCCAAUCCUGAAACAUCCAUUGAUACGCAUAAGGUUCCUCAAGAAACUCCUGAAUCCUCCGAUCCUCAGGAGCACAAUAAAUGGACAUUAAUCUCGGGACAACCACGUCAGCCUCCUAUGGGAUCUGAAGAGUGGUCUAGUUUCUUGGACUCUGAAGGUAGGAUUGUGGAUCCCGAAGCUUUAAGGAAGAGGAUAUUCUACGGAGGUGUUGACUCUAAAUUAAGGAAGGAGGUCUGGCCAUUCUUACUGGGAUAUCACGUGUUUGAUUCAACUUACGCUGAGAGAGAAUAUCUUGUUUCAAUGAAGAAAUCCCAAUAUGAAACUAUCAAAAACCAAUGGCAGAGUAUAUCUUCUGAACAAGCAAAAAGAUUUACAAAGUUUAGGGAGAGGAAAGGUCUAAUUGAAAAAGAUGUGGUAAGGACUGACAGAGCACUCACGUUCUAUGACGGGGAUGACAAUCCGAAUGUCAAUAGUUUAAGUGACAUUUUGCUGACUUACUCAUUCUACAACUUUGACCUUGGUUAUUGUCAGGGCAUGAGUGAUCUGCUUUCCCCUAUAUUGAUGAUAAUGCAAGAUGACUCUGAAUCAUUUUGGUGUUUUGUUGCACUAAUGGAACGUCUUGGACCAAAUUUUAACCGCGACCAAAAUGGAAUGCACUCUCAACUUUUUGCUUUAUCAAAGGUGGUGGAGUUGUUAGACGGUCCAUUACAUAAUUACUUCGCGCAGAAGGAUUGCUUAAACUAUUUCUUCUGCUUUCGCUGGCUCCUCAUACAGUUUAAAAGGGAAUUUGAAUUUGAAACUACGAUGCUGCUUUGGGAGGUACUGUGGACACAUUACUUGUCGGAACAUUUUCAUCUGUAUGUUUGUGUUGCGGUCUUGAAGAAACACAGAGAGAAGAUAAUGUAUGAAGAGAAGAUGGAUUUCGAUACGCUGCUAAAGUUCAUAAAUGAAUUGAGCGGAAACAUUGACCUCGAUUCAACACUAAAGGAUGCAGAAGCUCUUUGCAUUUGUGCUGGGGAAGAUGGAGCCGCACUUAUUCCUCCGGGCACUCCGCCUUCACUUCCAAUUAAAGACGUUUCAUUUUACGACCAAGAUGAAGUAUUGUAAACUUUAACAAAUUACUGAUAAAAAUUCUGUAUAGGGUUCAAAUGGAUACAGAACGUCGUUACAAAAGAAUUAUAAUAAAUAAUGAUAAGAUCCCGCAUAUUUUGUAACCCCAAUUAAAA